CACAAUCACCAUCACCUCAACCCGACAAGCCGGCUCGCAACCCCCCCGGCGCUGCACACAACAUCUCCAAAGCCCAAUGUCAUAGAAGACUGUAUUGUGUCGCCGACUUGACCGGAUCAAGGGCUGAACGGACACACCCUAUCGCAUCUCCUCGCGGCGAGCGGGCGAGGCAGACGACCACCAGCGCGGCAGACCACGACGAAGCACGCGUGUGCGCGUACUAUCCCACCAAGCGCAGCAGCGAGGCCUGCAAACCGUAGCAGCUAUGGCGGACAACAGCAAUCACCAGCGCGAUGUGUCGCAGUACAAGUACUCGGCCAUGUCCAACCUGGUCCUCCAGGCGGAUCGUCGCUUCAUCACGCGGAGGACCGACGAGGCCACGGGCGACCCCGAGUCGCUUGCUGGCCGCCUCAGCAUCACCGACAUGGGCGCCCGGGUCGCGCGCGAUGAGGCGCCUAAGAAGAAGGCCAUGCCGGACGUCGCCCGCGGCGGGCUCGACGAGGGCCAGGACAUCUUGGCGCGAGAGAGGCAGAAACAGAAGGCAAACCAGCAGACUCGCCAGGUCGGUAUCCUGGGCCAAACCGAUCUGAUGGUCGAGGGCUUGAUCUACCGGCCCAGGACAUCGGCGACGCGCGAGACCUACAACCUGAUCCUGGCGCUCGUCGCAAACAAUCUCGGCGAUGUCUCACAUGAGAUUGUUCUCAGUGCGGCCGACGCGGUUCUGGAAUACCUAAAGGAUGAAGACCUCAAGGACUUUGACAAGAAGAAAGAGAUCGACGAUCUGCUCGGUGCCACGCUCAACCCCAAGCAGUUCAACGAACUGGUAAAUCUAGGCAAAAAGAUUACAGAUUAUGAUGCCCAAGAUGACGACGAGGACAUGGGCGAUGGCGGCGCUGGCAUCGACGAUGGCGAGAUCGACGACCGUCAAGGUGUGGCCGUCGUAUUCGACGACGAAGAUGAAGAUGAUGAAGCCGCGAUAACCCACGAAGUCCGUGAUGAAUCCUCGGAGGACGAAGCCGAGGCAGAGGACCAGGACGAGGACGAGGCCGCGGCGACUGAUACUGCGCGCGAGCGUGCCGAAGCUCUUACCAGCACAGAGGAGAUGCUCAUCGAUGGCGGUGCUGCUGACAGCAAGCGCAAGGCCAAGGAAGAGAAGAAUUACAUCCCUGCGCGCGAGAUUGAUGCGUACUGGCUGCAGCGCGAGAUUGGCCAGAUCUAUCCUGACGCACACACACAACACGACAAGACGAGUCAGGCUCUACAUAUACUGUCCGGUGAACCCGAUGAGCCAGGCGGUGAUGAGAAGCAGCUCCGCGAUAUUGAGAACGAUCUCAUGGAGCUGUUUGACUAUGAGCACCACGAGGUUGUGCAGAAGCUCAUCGAAAACCGCGAGAAGGUUGUGUGGCUCACGCGUCUCGCAAAGGCCGAGAACGACGAAGCCCGCAAGGUUCUCGAACGGGAGAUGGCGUCAGAAGGUGUCAAGUGGAUUCUUGAUGAGCUCCAUGGCAAGAGGGCCGCUGACGGUGCCAAGAAGGUAGAGAUCAAGAUGGAUAUUGAUGUGCCGCAAGAGUACCUCGAGGACAACAAGCCCAAGCAGGAAGACGGCCGACUCGUGGGCAACCUGCAGCCACGCAAGCUGAUCAACCUCGACAACCUCGUCUUCGAUCAGGGCAACCACUUGAUGACCAACGCCAAGGUCAGGCUGCCCGAAGGCUCGACAAAACGCACCUUCAAGGGCUAUGAAGAGAUCCAUGUCCCGCCACCAAAGAAGCGGAACGACCCUGGCGAUGUUCUGAUUCCUAUCACAGACAUGCCUGAGUGGUCUCGUCUCCCGUUCUCCACAGCAAAGUCUCUGAACAAGAUCCAGUCCAAGUGCUACCCGUCCGCGUUCCAGGACGAUGGCAACAUGCUUAUCUGCGCUCCGACUGGCAGUGGUAAAACAAACGUGGCUAUGCUCACCAUAUUGCGAGAGCUCGGCAAGCACCGUGACCCCCGGACUGGCGAUAUAGACCUGGACGCAUUCAAGAUCGUCUACAUCGCGCCACUCAAAGCGCUGGUACAGGAGCAGGUCGGCAACUUUGGCGCGCGGCUCAAGGAGUACGGCAUCACCGUGUCCGAAUUGACCGGUGAUAGGCAGUUGACCAAGCAGCAAAUCUCAGAGACCCAGAUCAUUGUCACCACACCGGAGAAAUGGGAUGUCAUCACAAGAAAGGCGACGGACUUGACUUACACGAACCUCGUUCGCUUGAUCAUCAUUGAUGAGAUCCACCUUCUCCAUGAUGAUCGCGGUCCUGUACUGGAGAGUAUCGUGAGUAGAACGAUACGCAAGACCGAACAGACUGGCGACCUUGUGAGACUGGUCGGUCUCUCCGCCACACUGCCCAACUACAAGGAUGUUGCAAGCUUCCUGCGGGUAGACGUCGAGAAGGAUCUGUUCCACUUUGAUGGAUCGUUCAGGCCUUGUCCGCUGAGACAGGAGUUCAUUGGUGUCACGGAUAAGAAGGCCAUCAAGCAGCUCAAGACGAUGAACGACAUCACGUACAACAAGGUCAUCGAGCAUGUGGGUACUCACCGCAACCAGAUGCUCAUCUUUGUGCACUCCCGCAAGGAGACAGCCAAGACAGCCAAGUACAUCCGCGACAAGGCGUUGGAGAUGGAGACUAUCAACCAGAUCCUCAAGCACGACUCAGGCUCGAGAGAAGCCCUGAACGAGGCUGGCAACGACGCUACGGAUGCGGAUCUCAAAGAUCUACUGCCAUACGGAUUUGGUAUCCAUCACGCUGGUAUGAGCAGAGUUGACAGAGCCGAGGUCGAGGACCUGUUUGCCAACGGUCUGAUCCAAGUCCUCGUUUGCACGGCCACUCUUGCUUGGGGUGUCAACCUCCCUGCCCACACAGUCAUCAUCAAGGGCACCCAGGUCUACUCCCCCGAAAAGGGUAGUUGGAUCGAGCUCAGCCCACAGGACGUCCUGCAAAUGCUUGGUCGUGCCGGAAGGCCUCAGUACGACACGUACGGUGAGGGUAUCAUUAUUACGACACAAGGCGAAAUGCAAUACUACCUGUCCCUCCUUAACCAGCAGCUGCCCAUCGAGAGUCAGUUUGUCAGCAAGCUCGUCGACAAUCUCAACGCUGAAAUUGUCCUUGGCAACGUGCGCACUCGCGAUGAGGGUGUCGAGUGGCUUGGAUAUACCUAUCUGUUCGUGCGCAUGCUCAGGUCUCCUGGCCUGUACAGUGUUGGCGCAGAGUACGAGGACGACGGCGCCCUGGAGCAGAAACGAGUGGAUCUCAUUCACUCAGCUGCUACCGUGCUUAAAAAGGCAAAUCUUAUCACGUACGAUGAGAAGACGGGCAAGCUCAAGGCCACUGAGCUGGGCAGGAUAUCCUCCCACUACUACAUCACACACGGCUCCAUGGACACUUACAACAAACUGAUUCAGCCGUCGAUCACGACGAUUGAGCUUUUCCGUGUCUUUGCUCUAAGUGCCGAAUUCAAGUACAUUCCCGUCCGUCAAGACGAGAAGCUGGAGUUGGCGAAGCUUCUUGGGCGGGUGCCUAUACCGGUCAAGGAGAGUAUCGAGGAGCCUCACGCAAAGAUCAACGUCUUGCUGCAAGCAUACAUCUCCCGGCUCAAGCUCGAUGGUCUCGCGCUCAUGGCUGACAUGGUAUACGUGACGCAAUCCGCAGGCCGUAUCUUGCGCGCCAUCUUCGAGAUCACGCUGCAGAAGGGUUGGUCUAGCGUGACAAAGACUGCGUUAGAUCUCUGCAAGAUGGCCGAGAAGCGCAUGUGGCCCACCAUGACGCCCCUACGACAAUUCCCCUCUUGUCCGCGGGAGAUCAUCGCCAAGGCGGAGAGAAUCGACGUGCCAUGGAGCAGUUACUUCGAUCUCGACCCCCCACGCAUGGGCGAGCUGCUGGGUAUGCCCAAGGCAGGCCGUACUGUCUGCUCCCUUGUGUCCAAGUUCCCCAGAGUCGAGAUCUCUGCGCAGGCCCAACCGAUGACGCGAUCUAUGCUACGGGUAGAGCUGUCCAUCACACCCAACUUCGAGUGGGACGACUCAGUACAUGGCUCCGCGGAGAACUUCUGGAUCAUGGUCGAGGAUUGUGACGGUGAGGACGUGCUCUUCUACGACCAGUUCCUGCUGCGCAAAGACUAUGCUGUGGGCGAAGCUACGGAGCAUCUAGUCGACUUCACUGUGCCCAUUACGGAUCCCAUGCCACCAAACUAUUUCAUCUCCGUCAUUUCGGACAGAUGGAUGCACUCGGAAACGAGGCUUCCCGUCUCGUUCCGUAAGCUCAUUCUGCCGCAGAAGUUCCCGCCUCACACACAGCUGCUCGAUCUGCAACCUCUGCCUGUUGCUGCGCUCAAGGCUAAGGACUAUUCCGCGCUUUAUCCGGACUGGACAUACUUCAACAAAAUCCAGACACAAACGUUCAACUCGUUGUAUGGGACGGACGAGAACGUCUUCGUUGGAGCCCCAACUGGCAGUGGCAAGACUGUUUGCGCCGAGUUCGCCAUCUUGCGACACUGGUCCAAGCCCGAGAUCGGUCGCGCAGUGUAUAUUGCACCAUCACAGGAAUUGGUUGACAUCAGAUACCAGGACUGGCAGAAGCGCUUUAGUCAUCUUCGUGGCGGCAAGGAUAUUGUGAAGCUCACCGGCGACACGACAACAGACCUGAAGCUGCUGGAGAAAGGUGAUCUGAUCAUGGCGACGCCAACACAAUGGGAUGUCUUGUCGAGGCAGUGGCAGAGACGGAAGAACAUCCUUACCGUUGAGCUAUUCAUCGCUGACGAGCUGCAUUUGCUGGGCGGUCAUCUUGGGUAUAUCUACGAGAUCAUUGUCUCUCGCAUGCACUACAUCCGAACCACGGCCGAGAUCUCGAUGCGCAUCAUUGGUCUCAGCGUGUCGCUGGCGAAUGCUCAGGACAUCAGUGAGUGGAUCGGUGCCAAGAAGAAGGACACGUACAACUUCAGCCCUCACGUGCGGCCUGUACCGCUUGAGCUCCGUAUCCAGUCGUUCUCGAUCCCUCACUUUCCCUCGCUGAUGCUCGCAAUGGCCAAGCCCACAUACGUUGCCAUCAAUGAGUUGUCGCCUGACCAGCCGGCCUUGGUGUUUGUGCCGAGCAGGAAGCAGACCAGAUCGAGCGCUAGAGACAUUCUAGCUGCAUGCUUGGCUGAUGACGACGAGGACAGAUUCCUGCACGUCGACGUGGAGCAGUUGAGACCUUUACUGGAAAGAAUUCGGGAGGAGGCACUGGCUGAAGCACUUUCCCACGGUGUUGGUUACUACCACGAGGCGCUCAGUCAGUCCGACAAGCGCAUCGUCCUGCACUUAUACAAGCAGGGUGCGAUUCAGGUACUCGUCGCGUCUCGUGACGUCUGCUGGGAACUCGACACGACUGCUCACCUCGUCGUGGUAAUGGGUACGCAGUACUUUGAGGGCCGUGAGCAUCGCUACGUCGACUACCAGCUCAGUGAGGUUCUCCAAAUGUUUGGCAAAGCCCUUCGGCCAUCUGGCGACGGACGGAGUCGUGGCGUUUUGAUGGUGCCUGCGGUCAAGCGCGAGUAUUUCAAAAAGUUCCUCAAUGAGGCACUGCCCGUCGAAUCGCACCUUCACAACUUUAUGCACGAUGCUCUGGUGACAGAAGUCAGCACAAAGAUGAUUGAGUCGACGGACGAUGCCAUCAGCUGGGUCACGUUUACAUACUUCUACAAGCGCAUUUUGGCAAACCCCAGCUACUACAGCUUGCCCAGCUUGACGGAGGAUGCUUUCAACACGUACCUGUCAGACCUCAUUGAGGGCACGCUCAAGGAGCUGACAGAGUCCAAGAUUGUCGACCUUGACGAGGAGGAUGGUUCCGUGGCAGCCCAGAAUGCUGCCAUGAUUGCAGCAUACUACAACAUCUCGUACAUUACAAUGCAGACGUUCCUGUUGUCCCUGAGCGCAAGGACGAAGCUCAAGGGUUUACUCGAGAUUGUGACGUCCGCGACCGAGUUCGAGGCUAUUCAGAUCCGACGACAUGAAGAAACCCUGCUCCGUCGCAUCUACGACCGAGUGCCGGCGAAGAUGUCAGAGCCGGUUUACGACUCGCCUCACUUCAAGGCCUUCGUACUGCUCCAGGCCCACUUCUCUAGGAUGCAGCUGCCCAUCGAUCUCGCGAAGGAUCAGGAGGUUAUCGUUUCGAAGGUUCUCAGCUUGCUGAGCGCGGCAGUAGAUGUCUUGUCCUCUGAUGGACACCUUAAUGCCAUGAACGCCAUGGAGAUGUCUCAGAUGGUUGUGCAGGCGAUGUGGGAUCGCGAUAGCCCACUCAAGCAAAUCCCGCACUUCACACCAGAAGUCGUCAAGGUCGCGAACGAGUUUGAGAUCAAGGACAUCUUCGACUUCAUGGAGGCGAUGAACCCAGAGGAGAACCCCAACUAUGGCACUCUUGUCAAACGACUUGGACUCUCUCAGAACCAGCUGGCCCAAGCUGCUGCUUUCACCAAUGACAAGUAUCCCGACAUCACGCUAGAGUUUGACGUCAUCGACGAGGACGAGAUCCGCGCUGGCGAGCCGGCAUACCUGAGUAUCCGGAUUGAGCGUGAGGUUGAUGAGGAGGACGGCCCGGCAGACAUGACUGUGCAUGCACCGUUCUACCCAGUCAAGAAGACGGAGAAUUGGUGGCUGGUGGUCGGCGAGGAGAGCACGAAGAACCUGCUGGCCAUCAAGCGCGUCACGAUUCCUGGGCAGCAGCUUCAGACCAAGCUUGAGUUCACGGUGCCAACCGCUGGCAAGCACGAUCUCAAGCUCUUCCUGAUGAGCGACAGCUAUGUCGGCGUGGAUCAGGAGCCUUCGUUCACGAUCACGGCGGCCGAGGGCAUGGAUGUCGACGAUGACGACGAUGAGGACGAGGACGAGGACGAAGAGGAAGAUGACGAGUGAAUAUUUCUUGACACGGACACAAAGGCAUUGGGGUCCCCAACGCAUUAC